UUGAAUCGGUUCUUAGGAAACGCAAAAUAUGCAACGUUGCACAAGUUUGACUUGACCAUCUGUGGUGAUACCAGGAAUUUGGAACCACAGAAAACUGUGCGAGAGAGUGAGAAUGAUGGUAAACACGUUUACUGAUUAUUUUUGACGAAAAGGGGUAUACCCAUGCCUCAUAAUUACUAAAAUGAGUGUCAAUAUCAACAAUAGAUGUUUAGACGUCUUGUAGGUGAUGUUGUACUUUUAUCAAACGGUUGCCUUAGUAUUUAUUUAGGUCUGCAUAAUGGUUGUGACAAUUUAAUACCAUUUAAAGAAAGUCACAAGUUACUAACCUGUCGUUUUAAUACUGAAGAUGAAUAUUUUCACGCCAAUAUGGAUUGCGCUGCUAGUUGCUGCCUUAUUAUUUGCAAUUGCGUAUUGUAUUCUAGUGCUGUACACCAGAUGUACUAACAAACAAAGAAAAGGUCAACAAUUUUAUGAGAAUAAAAAUCAAGGUUUCGCGUACGCAGGUUUCAAAAAUGAAGUCACCAACAGUGAAACAACCACAGAACCAUCUAAGAGCCAAUUAGAAACUAAAGUUCCAAUUGAGUCUGUUUCUACUCAAGACGAAAAAGCUGACCAAAGCAAUCCCAAUGCAGCUAAAGGCUUACUAGUCGCCAGUGCUUUACUACAAGUAUUGACUCCUUCCAGUGGCAACAAUCAGAGUUCUAGGCACUUCUUUGGUGGUCCUGGAAGUAACGGAGCAAGCCAGCAUAGUUCAGGAAAUGAUGCGUUCGGUCCAUCUGGCAGUAAUAGUGGAAGGUCUCAUUCAAAGUAUGCUUUAGGACAUAAGGCACGCUAUAAUAGUGUUUUAUUGGCAGGGGGAAUUGAUAGUGUAGAUGGCACGUGCGACUCUGAUCACAGUAGGCAUGAUACGGGAGGAGAUAGUGGGGGCGGCGAUGCAGGGGACGGAAGCGGUGCCGGUGCAUGUGAUGUCUAAACUAUUUUACUUUUAGUUAGUCUGCAUACAAAUAUUUUGUAUAAUGUUUUUAAAAUAAAUUUAUAUUUUUUUGUA